UGUUUUCGAACUGUGUUGUUAUUAUUAUGGAAAUAAGCAAGCACAGCACCGCAGUGCGGGAAGAAUUCAUCCUACGACAAUCCGUCAAAAGGAUUUUCUUGGUUUGCCGCGUUAUCCAUCUUCGUCUUUCUUCUAUGGAGAGCAUGGAUCACACAUUUAGCAAUUUCACACUCGUCUGGAGUUUCAAGUACCUCGCUGCUCUCCUUAUCCGUGCCGAUGAUACUAUCCCAGUGUUACUUCAAGCUCUCCACUCAAAUGCCUUCGAAAUAGCCAUGGGUCUCAAAGGACCCCCUGUGGAGGCGGAUUUUAAUGAUGACAAGAAAAGUUUUCUUGUGAUAUUACAUGGUUACCUCGUCUACGACAAAAUCUUGACUUACGCGUGCAAACAUGUGGACGCCUGGUCUAAUGCCCUCGGACCAGGUGUGAUACAAGAUGAAGCCAUCCGAAAGCGCUGGUCUGCAGUCGAGAUGAAGAUACGAUUAUAUGCCAGUCUCAAGUCCAGGGAGGAGAUGAUAAGGCGGCCAUCAUCUGAUGAAAAGGGCUGGAUUCUACGAUGUUACUGCGGUGAUACCGCAGAAGAUAUUCAGCUUAGGCAAUGCUCGGAAUGUCAGGUUGUGCGGUACUGUUCAAAGCGAUGCCAGCGUGAUUCCUGGUACAGUCAUCACAGGUGGAGCUGUAGAUUUUUGAAGGCAGCUAUUGGUUCAUCAACACCGCACUACGUGAAACGUAGUCUCUGUUUGUUAUCUGGCCUAGAAGAUCAUAUGGUCUCGCGCAGGUGGGGGGAUAUUCAGAGCCAGGUAGCCGUUGCGCGAUGCGAGUAUCCGCAAGAUCAGGACCGGCUCGUUGUCAAGAUCACUAUAAAUAAGGGAGAAGUAUCAGUUCUACCUCUUCGAUACUACCUCUUUCUGUUCAAUGGUCUCUCUGAAAAUGAGGUCGUGGACCGCUUAUCGUCAUGGCCAGAUCCAAGGGGCCAUCUUCGACAAUCGUUCUUCUGUUCGGUUAUUGGGAUAAACGAUCAACAUUCGUCAGAGCAGAUCUUAUUCAGUCCACGUACUGCAUUAGACAUGGAGACAGUGCCAACGCUCAGCCGUAACCAUUGAUGUGCGUUCAUGUUGCUCAGGUCUUGCUUGCGCUUGUCCAUCGAUAUUGAUAUUCUAUAUUGGGUCAGAUAUGAGCUCGCGAGUGGGAACGAGCUUGAAGUGUCAAUGACUUAUGAUACGUCUUCGCUUUACACAGCACUCGCAUAUUGCAUUGUUGUUCCUACAUUGCGUCACAGCGCGGAUGAGACUGGGAUCAGUGGGAAGUUCUUCACAUGAUGGAUUGGUACU